AUGACGCCCAAGUCUAGUGCUAGUCUUGCCGAGCAGCAACGUUCCCUAUCGUUUCAGAUACCGUCUGAUGCUGGUGAGAACGGAUUGUCUACAGAUUCGUGGCCUCUUUUGCUAAAAAACUAUGAUCGCCUCAACGUGCGUACCACGCACUACACACCGAUACCGGAUGCAGGCUACUCGCCACUGAAACGACCGAUACAGGAGUACAUCCGAAGCGGUGUGAUCAACCUGGACAAGCCGGCAAAUCCGUCCUCGCACGAGGUUGUGGCCUGGAUCAAGCGGAUUCUGCGUGUGGAGAAGACCGGGCACUCGGGUACACUGGACCCGCAGGUCACUGGUUGUCUGAUCGUAUGUAUCGAACGAGCGACGCGUCUGGUUAAGUCACAACAGUCCGCGGGUAAAGAAUAUGUCGCUGUUUUGCGUCUGCAUGGUAUGCGUCCCGAGCUCGACGAGGCGACUGUGCGGCGAGCGAUCGAGACGCUGACUGGACCGCUGUACCAGCGGCCGCCUCUGAUCAGUGCCGUGAAGCGACAGCUUCGGAUCCGAACCAUCUAUGAAUCAAAACUAUUAGAAUAUGAUCCGAAACGAAGACUGGUGCUUUUCUGGGUAUCAUGCGAGGCAGGAACGUACAUUCGGACGCUAUGCGUGCAUCUAGGUCUGCUGCUUGGUGUCGGUGGUCAUAUGCAGGAGCUUCGCCGCGUUCGCUCCGGGGUUCACAGCGAGUACGACGGUAUGGUCACCAUGCACGACGUUCUUGAUGCCCAGUGGCUCUUCGACACCACCAAGGACGAAUCUUACCUGCGACGAGUCAUCAAGCCCUUGGAAAGUCUCUUAGUUCACCACAAGCGCAUUGUGAUCAAAGACUCGUGCGUGAACGCGGUUUGCUAUGGUGCAAAGCUCAUGCUUCCUGGUGUGCUGCGAUACGAAAACGACAUUGAAUGCGGGGAAGAAGUGGUGAUCAUGACGACCAAGGGUGAGGCUGUUGCCUUGGCCAUAGCGCACAUGAGCACAUCGGAAAUCGCCAGUUGCGAUCACGGCGUUGUUGCCCGGAUCAAGCGUGUAGUCAUGGAGCGAGACUUGUAUCCGCGGCGAUGGGGUCUCGGCCCGGUAGCGAGUCGCAAAAAAGCGAUGAUCCAACGCGGUGAACUCGACAAGCACGGUCGUCCAAAUGAACACACACCGUCUGACUGGCGACGUGUCCAACCUGAGCUCGAAUCAGCACCAAGUCGAAUGGAGAGACAAGCGGGUCCACCGGUUCGCCCGCCUAAAUCGCACUGA